UUUUCCCCACUGGAAGUGAAGCGGAAGGAGAAUUUAAAAUAGUUGGGUGAGGGUGAGAAUAUUAUUUGGUUCCCUGGCCUAUUUGAGUAGAAACUAGUAAACUAGUAUUUUCUUUCUCCCCCAUUGUUGUACUGUACUUGAAAAAAUUGCAUUGAAUGGCAAUCCCCUGAAAUUCGGCCAGAUCUGAGAUCUCACUCUUUCUCUCUUAUACGCCACCACCCCUCUUCACUCUUCAAAAACCCCCAAAUCUCAGGGUUAGGGUUACGAAGCCAAUUACAACCACAGAUCCAUCAAUCAAUCCAUCAACAAUGGCGGUCUCGGACGGCGUCGUGAAGAAGAUCAUCCUAUCAUACACCUACGUCGCGAUAUGGAUCUUCCUGAGCUUCACGGUCAUCGUGUACAACAAGUACAUCUUAGAUCGCAAGAUGUACAACUGGCCCUACCCGAUAUCACUCACCAUGAUCCACAUGGCCUUCUGUUCUUCCCUCGCUUACGUCCUCGUUCGCGUUCUCAAGCUCGUUGAGCCUGUUUCAAUGUCCCGCGAUCUCUACCUCCGCUCCGUCGUCCCCAUCGGCGCCCUCUACUCUCUUUCUCUUUGGUUCUCCAACUCCGCCUACAUCUAUCUCUCCGUCUCCUUCAUCCAGAUGUUGAAGGCUCUCAUGCCCGUCGCCGUCUACUCCAUCGGUGUUCUCUUCAAGAAGGAGGGUUUCAAGAACGAGACCAUGGCCAACAUGCUCUCCAUUUCAUUUGGUGUCGCCAUCGCCGCUUACGGCGAGGCCAAAUUCGACACCUGGGGGGUUUCCCUCCAGCUUAUGGCUGUUGCGUUUGAGGCCACGCGCCUUGUUCUCAUCCAGAUUCUGCUCAAUUCAAAGGGGAUCUCGCUUAAUCCUAUCACCUCGCUCUACUACAUUGCGCCCUGCUGCCUCGUGUUCUUGUCGGUUCCGUGGUUGAUCAUGGAGUACCCUUCUCUCAGGGAUAACUCCAGUUUCCAUCUGGAUUUCGUCAUCUUUGGUACUAACUCCUUCUGCGCUUUUGCUUUGAACCUCGCCGUGUUCUUGCUCGUUGGAAAGACUUCGGCUUUGACCAUGAACGUUGCUGGAGUGGUGAAGGACUGGCUCCUGAUUGCGUUUUCGUGGUCGGUGAUUAAGGAUACCGUCACGCCUGUGAAUCUGAUUGGCUAUGGGUUGGCGUUCUUGGGGGUUGCCUACUAUAACCACUCUAAGUUGCAGGCUUUGAAGGCUUCCGAGGCGCAGAAGAAGGCACAGCAAGCUGAUGAGGAGGCUGGGAGAUUGCUGGAAGAGAGAGAAGGGGAAAGUGGCAAUGGAAGGAAGAGCGACAACCAGAGUUGAUUCCAUUCCAUUCGGUUUCAGAUCGGUGGAUGGAUCUUCAUUUUUGGGUGAGAUUUGUUGGAUUCAGCGUCGGUUGAGGCAGGUUUUUUCUUUUUUAAUCGUUUUUGGGUAUGUGGUGUAUUUUACCGUUGUUAGGUAAUUAUCAUUAUUAUUAUUGUUAUUACUGUGAUGAAUAUGUUACUGCUUGAUACCUUAAUCGUUGUUACCUUUUUUUAUAUUUAUUAUUAGAUAAUGUGUAUUGGGGGACUGAGAUCGACAUUUGCAUGUCCCUCCUCAUAUUGCUGAUUCAGUGUUUAUGACUAGAGAAUGAAUUAAGCGAUGUGGAUGUUCCCCCAAGCUCAAUAUUGAUUAGCAUAAGUUAAUGAUUGUUAUCAUGUUUGAAGUCAUUCAGUUUAGAUAAUGUUUGGAACGGAAGAAAAUAAGUUAAGUUUCUGCUUUUACUGCAUUUGGAUUGGAUUCUCUGUUUGGAGUUUGAGACUGCUGGCAAUCAUUCAGAUAGAAAGCGUUUUGAAUUUGAUAUAUGAUAUUGUUUGUCGUUGUUGUUUGUUUUUUUUGAGAUAUAGGAUAGGAAAGGACAGGAAAGACAUAUCUAUCUCUAUGUUCCCGUUAGUAUUGUGAUAAGAAUGAAAUUUACAAGACCUCGGUUUUAACUUUCUAAUCUUAUGUCCUGAAAUGCACUGAUAGUGAAUAAAUUUUACUGUAAAUCUUUGAGUACUUCUUCGUCUUCUAAUCUUCUCUAGGUUUAGGCCCCUUUCUCCGCAUGUUCAACGCUCAAUUAUUUUAGAAUCACUGUGUAUGUUGGUUUUCCUGUCAAAUCACUAGCUUUCAAGUUUGGUGGAACCUGCCCCCCCAACCCCAACAACCACAAUUAUAGAGAAUGACAUGAUUUUUUGGUGGUGGUUUCUCUUUCCUUUUCAAACCAAACCUUCGUUUUUUACACGAACAAGAAUAAUAGUGGUUUGCUUGUUUCACUCUCUACUUAAGCUUCCUGUUCUCUCUAUUCUGUUGGAUUUGCAUGUCCCAUUCGAAUUUAUUGAACUUUGGCCAUAUUGUUUUUUUCUGUGAUUUUCCUUUGAUAAUUUGUAUCAAUCAGUGGUGAUUAGUAAGUGCUAACCUUAAUUUUACUCUAGCCUUCCUGGUAACUACUUUUGGUCGGUUAAGGUUGCUUCGAUUUCUCGCAUGGAUGUGCUAAUCUUGAUAUGUAGCUAGCUUAUGGAGACCGGAGACGGAGAGUAUGUGCUAAUCACAUUUACUCUCUCUCUCUCUCUCACUCUCACUCUCACUCUCACGUGUCCCUCCCUACUCCCUAGCUUGAGUGGUGGUGGUGAUGGCUCUAUAUCGGUGUGUUGUUUGGCUCUAUAUCGGUGUGUUGUUUGAUACGAUAUUGUUUCUUCCCUUGUGAGAUUAUUUUGUCUGUUGUCUCCCCCCAUGAGGAAAGAGGCGCCAUGUGCUGUAAUCUUCUAUUUACAAUAAUUUACUCCUACUGGGUUAAUCUAUGGGCGUUGCUAUAAGUUGUCUUAAACAGAAGAUAUACAACACUUUUCAUGUGAAUUAUCAAUUCUCAGUUGCUUUUCAUUCUUUAACAGAA